AUGAAAGCAACAACAAUGGUGAAAAUCAUCAACAUCCUAGUCUUUGGAAGUUUACUCUACGGCCUCUCAUUUACUUUUGGCACAACAAACGUUGCCUCCAAAGAUGCGUCUUGUGAUUUGAAGACUCAGUGCCUGGUGAGUGAUCAUUGGCCUUGUAAUUGCAACCAUAAGGGACUGUGCAAUAAUUAUCAGGAGGGGGGGCUGAAAAACUAGAGUUAUCUAGCAAAAACUAAGACAGUACCCCCCUCCAUAACAAAAAAAAUUAGUUCUAACCCCCCUCUGUUAUGUUAAAGAUAACGUCGCACCCCCCUCCUCCCACCACCCACCCAGCCUCUUCUCUGAAAACACUGGUAAACUCAAAACUGGGCUGAGCUGCCAUCACAGCUUCAAUAAUGACAAACGUUAUUAUGUAACAUCUAGUAUCGAGAAGGAUGUUGAUCGCUUGAUUGAAGAUUUAGACAAAGCAUUUGCUAAGUACCGGGGUGCUUACUACAUUGGCUCAAAAUCUGAAACUUCUGAAGCCAGAAAGAGAAAGGAGCAGAGAAAAAAAUCAAAGAACAGGAGAUUGAACGCUUCAAAUAAAAACCGUAGUUACUAAAACCCGGAACGACCCCCACAACGACCCACAACGAUCCACAACGACCCACAACGAUCCCACAACGACCCACAACGAUCCACAACGAUCUUCAAACGACCGAGGACGAUCUCAAAACGACCCACAACGGUCCCACAACGAAAGAAACCACCCAAGAAAAAAAUAUCAAAAACUUAAGUUUUGAAUUUUUUCCAAAAAUUGAAAAGCAUACUGAAUAGCAAACAUAAUGACUCACAACUACCCAGAAUACCUUUGAUAGUCCGGUAACACAUUCAUAGGGUUGUCAAAAACAGGACAAAAUAAAUGGGUAAAUGCAGCUUUUCACGAGAAAGAAUCUCCAUUCAGAGACACAUUUGUAUGUCCGAUCGAUGUCUCUUCAGCCGACCAUCGAAUAAAGAUAUGCAUAAGACACAUGAAAAGUUUCAUCAGCUUUGUUCUCCGUAAACAUUUCUGCGCUAGCGAAGCGAACUGGGAUUGCAGUGUUAUGACAAUGACCAUCAAGACGGCAGAGAUCUCAUGUAUAUAUCUACCACGAGUUCCAUUGUACGUAAUUGCUUCCCUUUACAGGCAGAGACCUCAUGUAUAUUUGAAUGGUACGUUGACGUUAUUUAAAAUAGUGCUGGGCCGAUGGGUCAAAGGAGCAAAACCACGGCAAAGGCUGGAUUUUCAGUAUUUAUUAAAACAACGCGGUAGAACGUAGUAAUGUGGUAAUCUGAAGCUAAAAAUUGCGAAAUGAUACAAAAUUAGAAGGGAAUCCUUAGCUAGCGAAAAGACAGUCAAAUAAACGAAAACAAAUUGCAGAAAACUUACAUUUGUCCAGCCUCGUAAAAACACAGAGUUAAGAAACUCGCCAACUUAAAAACAUCUUCAUAAAAUCCUUGUUGAAAAACCUAGUACAUUCCGUGCCACACUUGAAGGAAAACGUAUUAUAUAACAAAAUCACAUGGGCGUAAAUUGCUCUCAAUCAGUUCCAGUUUAUGUAACGCAACGUUGUGGAUCGUCGUGGGUUGUUGUGGAUCGUUGUGGGAUCGUUGUGGGUCGUUGUGGAUCGUUGUGGGAUCGUUGUGGGUCGUUGUGGAUCGUUGUGGAUCGUUGUGGGUCGUUGUGGGUCGUUGUGGGUCGUUCCGGGUUUUAGUAACUACGAUGUAACGCAACGUUGUGGAUCGUCGUGGGUUGUUGUGGAUCGUUGUGGGAUCGUUGUGGGUCGUUGUGGAUCGUUGUGGGAUCGUUGUGGGUCGUUGUGGAUCGUUGUGGAUCGUUGUGGGUCGUUGUGGGUCGUUGUGGGUCGUUGUGGGUCGUUCCGGGUUUUAGUAACUACGUUCAAAUAACAGACGAAAAAGAGCUUGCAUUAUAUUUAGAUCCUUGGGAGGAGAGCCUGUUGAAUUUUGUUAUGACCCAGAUAUAUAUGGAAUUCAGCAAAUCGAUUCAGUCGAUGAAGAAACAUUACUUUUAUUCACAUCAAAAACCGACAAAGCUUGUCUACGAGAUCUGUUUGAUUCCCAUUGUUUUAUGGGGAAAGCUGAAAAAACAAGUUCAUGAUUUUUGCUUUAGUAGGAUCAACUCAAUUAAUAGAAGACGGGUUAAAAUUGAUCAGUUGUGAAUUUGCUUUUCAUUUUGAUGGAAUAUUUUCAAUAAUCGUUCAACGGCUGUUCGUAUUGAUACAGUGAAACCUGUAUUAAGCGGACACCCUCGGGGAAUGCUGUAGUGUCCGCUUAAUACAGGGUGUCCGCCUAAUACAGGCUUCGAUAGAUAACGUCAUAUGAGAUGUCAAAUGCCAUUCAAAUGAACAGUGGAAAUGUUAAGAAUACUCCCAGAGACUUUGACGAUAUACGUUUGCAUUAAUUUCUUUAUCAAAGUGGACCAAUUGGUCAUAGUACCAUAAACAUAGAUUGUAACUCAAAUUUGAAGAAAUCAGAUAAGUGAAACAAGCUCUAUAGAAAUAAAACGAAAUAGAAAACUACACUGUACUGCGAAACUUAUCAAAUAAGUUCGUCAAGUCACGUUUUUAAUGUACAAAUGGAAAAAGUUGUGGGUGGCAAUUCGAGGUAAUCUUUCGCAUUUCCGGUGUCUGGCAUGUUGGGUAGUGGAAUUUGAUUACAAGUGUCCGUUUAAUACAGGUUGGCAACUAUUUCAGGUACUUUUUAGGUGUCCGCGUCCGCUUAAUAGAGGUGUCCGCUUAAUAAAGGUUUCAUUUAAAGUAAAUAAGGGAAAUAAAUUUUGGGACUUCGGCUACUGUCCGCUUAAUAGAGGGUGUCCGCUUAAUACGGUGUCCGCUUAAUACAGGUUUCACUGUAUUUGUUACAGUCUAUCAUGAUGCUUGUAUUGAGAAUCUUUUAUUGCGUUUAAUUUUAUUUACAUUUCGAAUAAAACUUAAGGCCUCCCCUCCUUCGACAAAUGAUGAUUUUACUUUGAGCCCCCCCAUCUUGGCAGCAAUUUUAUGUAAUGCCCCCCCCUCUAGUUUUUCAGCUCCCCCUCCUGAUAAUUAUUGCACAGUCCCUAAAAGAACUGACAGUAGUCAGGGGGGGAUCUAGGGGAGGGUGCAGGAGGUACGCAAGUAUGUAAGUAUAGUAUGAACAAGUGAAAAAGUAUCCGAGAGACCCGUGCGGCGCACCUUCGGUAUGGUUUUCUUGCCGGCGCAAAAGCUAUCUGAUAUUGUAUGAACAUACCCUUAAUGUUUUGAUCCCUUCCGGUCCAGGUGCCUUCAACGGAAAAUAAUGCUUCUUUUGUGUUUAAGAAUGAUGCCGUUUCUUGCCUUAGUGGUGAAAGUUUACCAAACAAAAGUCAAGGUAAUUUCAGUUCAGUUUUUAAUACAUUACUUCCCUAUGAAGAAGAUACUUUAACAAUAAAGCUUGCUUCAAGAACUUUAUACAACUGACAGGAGCUCGAUUUUUUGGUUGUUGACGAUGUUAUUGUUUUGUUUUUUACUCUCUUGUGAUUCCUUCUUUAGUGGCGAAAGAGUUGGCAGAAUUAAAGAAAGAGGUACGUGUUUAAAAUUGUGUUUGACAACUUCUGCGAUCUCAUUAUUGUUGUUAGCCUGCGAACAGGCUUCCAAGUGGAACAGUCACCGAUCUGACCAAUCAGAUCAUGAUACUCAGAAUCUGGUAUCAUUUUUAGAUGGGCGGCAUCAAAAGUCUACAGGCUACCCCGCCUUUUUAUUAUCCCUUAGGCUACUCUCAGCUAGCUUCGCUCGCCGUAAUUUUUUUUUCGCCCGGCUUUACUCUUGAUAAAAUUGUAAAAUUUAAUUUUACUGAAAAAAAAAGUGGAUUGGGAUGUUAUUAGGCUACGGUUCGGGUACUGUACAGUACCGCAAAUGAUCCCCAACCGCAAGUCAUCCCGAGACCGCAAAUGAUCCCCAAAAUGGGCCGCAAAUGAUCCUCGACCGCAAGUGAUCCCUAAAGUCGACCGCAAAUGAUCCCGUGAAAACUAGAGGAAUGGAAUGGAUUUUAUGGGACUGAUUACAAAAAAGGACUGAUUAUAAAAAAAGAAUCCUUUUUCUCUCGCCUUUUAAAGAAAAAGGGAAGGAGGACGCUACAUCUCAGGUCAAUUUAUACAAGGUGAAAAAAAAAUUGAAUAAAUCUGAAAAGUAUGGUAUUAACCGUAUACUUCUUCCUUUGUCGAUUGCUUCAAUUUUUUUUGAAGAAUGUUUCGUCUUUUGAAAAAUUUAAGACAGGCAGGACGUUACGCCGAAAAAAUUCUAUUAUUUUAACGCCUAGAAGCUCAACUUUUCUACUGAGGAAUACAAAGCUGGGCACCCUCUACAUAACAAGACCUUUAUUGACUUUAGUGAUCUUUAUGAAAGCGUGAAAUUAAUCAGCCAGAAUAUUUAAUUUUGAUUUUUCUCUUAAGUGUUAAUUUUACGUGAUGAACAGCAAGACAUUUGUUCGUAGCUUAGGUGCCCGUUACGAAACAAGACAUGAUUUAACAUAAACACAAGACAAAAUGCCCCCGAACUUAUCAAUGUCCACAGGUUUCGGUUUAUUUCGAAAUAGCAAGUAGCAACUUUCUUACGGCUCAUGAACGUGUUGUGGAUAGUUAUAUUGGCGCUUUUAUGUAUAUUCAUUUGUUGUGCCUUUGCUGAAGGCAGUUACCAGGAAUCUAAACCUGGUAAUGAGAAACAAAGCCAGGUGAGCGGUACUUAUCGCGUGACAAAACAUCGUGGGAAACCGUCACAUUCACGGACUAAAAGAAAAUCGCUUAUGAUUAUUCGGAUCCAGGAGGCACUUUGGAGAAAAUUAAACAACCUAAAACCCUUAUUUAGCGGCAAUGAAGAGCCGACUGCAUUUCAAAAGAGGUCAAAGGAAAUGCUCUUGCAUCAAAGGGCAAAUCAUGCCGACCAGAAACAACAAUAAUCGCAGAAAAUGCAUAUCAUGACCUCUCAGUAUGAAAUAAGCGGCAAAAAUCACAUUUGCUUUGAAUGAUUUUUUUCAUUUAGUUUUUAGUCAUAUAUCUAUUUGAGAAGUAAAAUUUAGCUUUUAAUUUGACUUACUGUAAUAAUAAUAAAAUCGACACAAUGGUCCGAUAACUUGAGUCCAAGUCAUUCCUAUUUUUCUUUCGGGAUCAUUUGCGGUCGACUUUGGGGAUCACUUGCGGUCGAGGAUCAUUUGCGGUCCAUUUUGGGGAUUAUUUGCGGUCUCGGGAUCAUUUGCGGUUGGGGAUCAUUUGCGGUACUGUACAGUACUUCUUCUUCAGUCGCAUAGCGUGUAAAAUCUUCCGCUUUUUUCCCUAGCUCUGCCUCAACUGCUGAGCUACCGCGCCUUCCACUGUCCCCUUUUUUGUCUACAUCAGUACAAUUGACGUCAACUAUAUUAAAAACAGGAAACAUUUUCCAAAUUUGGUCAACGCCAACUGGUUAUUAAGAAUUAGUCGUGGAGUUUUAAGCCAGUCAGAAACGGAGAAAUAUUUUGAAUGAAUAUUAAAUGCCUAUUAGCCUGCAUGAUAUAUAAGGAGCGAGAUAUGUGAUCGUGAUGCGCACGUCCUCGAUCGUCAGCUACGCCUUUCUAAUAGGGACCUUACGAAACUACGACGGCGACGGCUAUUGCAACGUCAAAAAGUAAUAGGCUUAGUUAGCAAAACAACAACCCUGCGCGUGCAUCACGCUUUUUUGUACAUUUCUUUGCCGUCCCUGCACGACUACGACGUGAAAUGACCAAAUUUUUAAGUUGUUUUGAGGACGGGAACGACAAGGCGAUAAAUUCUAUCAUCUCUGUCUGAACUCGGGUGCGGCCCCGUCUCUUCAGCUCCAUCAUAAUUUCCCUUCUUUAAGUAACUAGGCGACUUGAGAUAGUCGCGAAAUGGUUUGAAAGGAUGCGGAGUCUAUUUUUCAGCGAGGUUUUCAUGGACGUCGUCGUUGUCGGAUCGUAAGGUCCCUAUUUUGUGCCCUACUGCAACGUAGGCUAAUAUCCUUCUCUCUAAAGCUAGUCAUUUCCUUGCUAAUAAUUCAAGUGCUUAGUCUUUAAUCUUAGUCAAACAUCUGUGCAAAAAAUGAUUACUAUUCUUUUUCUUUUGUCGAUCAUUUAUACUUUAUAACCAUUCUUUAUAAACUUUGUUAAUUAGUUAGUGGCUGGCUAGACUAGUCAGUAAGCCGACUACUUACUCGGGCUAAAAAGUUGUCUUGGCAAAUUAAGAGCAAAUAUAUCAGACUUUUUCCCCUUUAGGUUGCUUCACUAAAAGCCAAACUUGCUACAGCUGGUAAGCCCGGUGGUUUCGCCAUGCUUGACAGCAAUGGCCAUAUUCCUCAAAACCUUCUGGUAGCUGGUUAUGACAAACACUCAGCCUACGACCUAGCAUGGCAGUCCCUCCACAUGGCGGCUGCUGCUGCCUGCAGAGGAAGCACUCCCUCAGGGGGAACUGGAUGCUGUGGAAAUACCGUAUUGGUGAGGAAUACCGCUUCCGGAAGAACAUGCGCACAGAUUUGUGCCCUGAGUAAUACUCCCAAGUGCGACGCUGAGGUUUCUAUUUACGGAAAAGAAGGAAAGGCCAAAGGGAAUGGAGAAAGAGUGGGCUACUUUUACAACUACAAUUGUACCAAUAGGGGCUACGGAGGAAGUGAGGCGUCCAACUCGGAUGAUGCCGUCAUGAGUCCUCCAGCUGUUUAUUUCGGCUUCUGUUGCUGCCGAAAGUAA